AGUGGGAAACGUUCGGUUGGAAAAACGGUUUUCUCCGGUGGAAAAGCGCGCCCGAUUGCGAGGGCUUCUGGCGAGUUUCGCCGAGAGUGUUGAAGUGAAAUAUCACUGUUUACAACAUUAAUAAUAAUACUCGAAGAAGCAGCAGUCGCACCGGUGUGGUUCCAAGUGACUAAUUUUCUCAUGAUUCCGGAAAUUCUUGUGUUCCCCGGUGCGCAAUGAUCGAGCUGAGCAAAUCGUCGGACGUUUUGUAAACGGUAAAUUACGGUUCAGCGGGAUCAAAAGAGUCCCGAUCGACAUUCCGAUGCGGUGAACGUGUUUGCUGAUUUACAUAUCAUCGUCAAGUGGUAGUGUUAUGCGGUGCAAAUGAUGCUUCCCAGCUUCAGCACCCAACGUGCAACGGCCUUAGCAUCUAGCAACAGCAACCAACGCCACGGUACAACCUUGACAGAGUGUUUACCCUCCGCUGUUUAGAGUGCUGCUGUAAGUGAAAAUUAUGAUGUAAGAAAGAGCUAAACAAAAACAAAUACCCAGUCCGGCACGGGGCACAAAAAAUCUGGCAGGUUGUGUCGAGUAUAUGUGCUAAUGCCGUCACCGCCGCCGCCGCCGGGAGUGUGAAACAAUAAAAUGAUACCAAAGAGUGAACACCGGCGGAGAAAGUGCAAAAUCUAACCGCAAUCAGGCACCGACCAGCAGCGACCGGCCAGUUUGUAGUUCUGGUUGGAAAAAUGUAAUCCUCCCAGGCUUCACGUGAGUGCGGGUUUACUAAGCGGUUAGGAUAGAAAGAUAAAAAGUGCUUUGACAGUGCCAGUAGGAUUUGGAGAACGGAAGAUAUCCGUCUGUCAGUCGCAGGACAGGUGAGGUAGCAUAACUAUGGCCGAAAGAUGGCGAUCGGCCAUUAUGAAAAUCCGCAAAGGCUUGGCUAUAAAAAACGCAGAAGACAACGGGCCUACGAAAAAAGACCCAGCUAAUUCCGAUACGCUUUUCGACGGUGAACAGCCAAGCUUGGAGGAAAUUCGCAGCUGGGGUAAAAGCUUCGACAAGGUGAUGCGAAGUCCUAGCGGGCGAAAAGCGUUCCGGGAGUUCCUGCGCUGCGAAUAUAGCGAGGAAAAUAUUCUCUUCUGGCUGGCCUGCGAAGAGCUCAAAAAGGAAACUAACCCCGAGGCGAUAGAGGAGAAGGCUAGGUUUAUCUACGAAGAUUAUAUAUCGAUUUUAUCACCGAAAGAGGUGUCGUUAGAUUCUCGAGUACGGGAAAUAGUUAAUAGGAAUAUGGUGGAACCAACACCGCACACAUUUGAUGAAGCUCAACUACAAAUUUAUACACUUAUGCAUAGAGAUUCGUAUCCGAGAUUUAUAAACUCAGCACAAUUCAGAACUCUGGCACAAAUACCGGAGGGUGUUUCGGCAUCUGGUUCUACGGCGGAGAGUCCUAGUGAUUAGGAUACAACAGCGGGACUGCAUGGAUCGGUAGUUGUAUUAUUAAAGUAAAUUUUAUACAUAUUAUCGAUGGUUAACGCUAAGGUGGACAGCGGAAGGAACGGGAAAAACAACUGAUAAGUUUACUUGCGGAAAAGCAUUGCUAAAUGUUCGAAACAACGUUGGACAUGCGGAGAAAACGACGAAACAAAGGUGGAAAGGAGACAGUGUGAUGAUAACGAUGAUGGAAUAGAAUGGAAACUCGUGAUGCGAAAUACUAGCAUUAAUUAUUGAAUUAACACAGAUUAAAUUAAAAGGAAAAAGAAAACCAAACCAAAAAAAAACAUUAGAAUGAACAACAAAAGGCAAAUAAAGUAAAAUUUUAUAUAAACAUUAUACAUCACGACGAAAUGGAUCGAAAUAGUGUUCCCUCCUGGAGGAUAGGAGAAGUGGUAAAUAUUCAGAUAUGAUGAACGCGUAAUUCACUGAUUAUUUUUAGCGUUACUGUAAAUUAUAGAUGGUCGUUAUUAAAUUAAAAGAAACAACAAAUAAUAAUAAACAGAAAUGAAAAUAACCCCAGAAAACAUGCUCUAAAACGAUGUAAACAAUAGCCAAAAUAAAUUGAGAAGGAAACAAAAAAUAGUAUAUAUAUACACUGAAGAGAACGGAUAAAUGAAGUUUAGUUUAACGUUAAAAUCAAGACAAAACGACAAUGAACCAAACACCCGUAGCAGGAGAAACUAGUUCUCUUCCCACGUAUUUCUACCCGUUAUCCCGAUCGAGUGUUCUCACUUUCAUAUAUACUGACCGCAUCAUCAAGUUAGUAUGGCUUGAAUUCAAACUCUAUCAACCUACUCUAGAAGGCUUAUCACAAAAACAAAGGCACACAUCAAAAUCAACACUACAAAUUGUAAGCAAAUACAUUCUCAGUCAUGCACCCACAGAAGUUUAGUCGAAAUUUUUUGAGCGCAUUAUUUUCACAUUUUGAACCAAAACCAAAGCAAAACAAACAAACGAAAAAAAUAUCAAAAGAGUGUUACGGUAUUUUUACACUGUAUGUGAAACGAAGAGCACAAAGAUUUAUGCAUAAGAUCUACACGGAAGUGCAAGAAGGUACGGCCGCGGGAGUGAACAGGAACAGUAGAACCAAGGCGUUAGUAAUCAAUCCUUAUCAAAGAAAUAAAAGAAAAUCCAGCAAGCUAAACGACACUCGCUUGAUCGUGUUAUGUGUUCUGUCGAAACGUUUAAGUAUUACCGAAAUUUCUCAGCUCCUACGCCAAUGUCUGAUUACUGUUUAAACUACACUAAAGUAACAAUCGUUGAAAGUACUAUCCUAUUAUUCAAAUUAUUAUUAUUAUUAUAGUUGCAAAUUCUAUAUGACUGUUGUUGCUGAAUAGUUUUUUUUUUUUUUUUAUUCUCGCUUAUUUUCCGUCGGUCUAGUUCCGCCACUGUUGUGGCCAAUCACCGACGCCCAGGGAGGCGACUCCACACCCAGGACCCUAACUCACGACCCGUUUAUUAACAGACCGGCGCCAACGGCUUUACUUCCUCAUGCGAUGGAAGGCGUGAUCCCAGAGAUUUUUCGCCUCAGAAAAUCUCCCGGUGUCGGCUAGGAUUGAAUCUAGACCAGUUGGGUUGGUUGUGAGUGGAUCACGCCACCUCACAACCAUCGACACCUAUGUCGGCGGUGGGAUUCGAACCCAGGCGUCGAGCGUGGUUGGCGGAGACGUUACCAACCACACUAGGCCCCCGCCUUAUGAAUAGUUUUUGUUUCAACUAGUUUCCCGAUAGAGACCAUCGGUUAGCUGAAUUCUGAGCCUAGAUUUUACUUUUGUUAACAUUUCUACAAUGGCCUAUUCUAGAUUUUUUACACAAAUACUGAUAGGAGAAAUGGCGAACAUUUUUUGUCCGCUACUGUUUAAGAAAAUCAAACGAACGAGGAGUUAUUCCAGUCAAAACGAAACCUUUGGUGGUGUUUAGUGAAUAGGGCAAGUUAUUUGUAUCCCGGAUGACAAAGUCUACAACAAGCACAAAUAUAUCUACAACCUUCACAAUCCAUAAUUCUGAUCAUGUACACGGCGGAAAAACAUAUUUUUCCAUAUAUUUUUCUAUGAACCGGUAAUCCGCAUCACAUUAUUAACUUCUUCCUGUUAAAUAGUAACCACGAAACCAACACUAAAAAAAAAAACAAACAGAAAAUAUUAUCAUUGUUGUUUCCCUGAAAGCAAGCAAAAGUAAAGAAAAAUAUAACAUACUAAAUAACAGCGUCUACUGUAUGGCCCAACUACUGUACUACUACUUUAGGAUAGCUUAGACGGGGGUAUUAAAUUUAACAGAUUAUCCACUGCAAAUCCAUCAUAUUAAUGUAGGCAUUUCCUGUGCGCAGAGCUCUACGGGCAACUUUCCACAGCUCGGAAUCGGAAAGUUCACGGCCCGAAAGAUCGUGUAAAGGGCAUAUAGAAUAAAUCAACAGUUUUUACUUUGCAACAAAUUGAGAAAAUUACAACCGAUUCAACUUUUUUACCAGCUAGGAAAGCCUGUUCGCAGAGUACUGCGCUUUUGACACGCAAUAAAACCAAAAAAAAAGUAGAGAAAAGUAAGGAUAAACAAGAAUAGUCCAACAUAUACAAAUUUGUGUGUAAACAUUUCCGUUUCAAAUUAUUUGAAUGAUUUUCUCGCUUUCAGUUCGAUAGAAAUACACGAGAGAAUGUAACAAAAAAGCAAACUUUUAUAAAAUAAAUAAACAAAAAAAAAUCAUAAAACAAAAGUAAGGGGAUAAACAAUACGCCCGUAUUUAAGCAAAAAUAAAAAAAAACAAAAAUUUUAUACGAAAUAAAGCUUAGCGCCGCUACGCACGAAUAACGGCGACUAAUUCGUAGCGCAACGCUCGGCUGGAAAUCCGUUAUCAGGAACGGCCAGACGGUGCACUCUGUGGUAGUGGGGUUUUGAGGGGGAAAGUUAGACCACACACAGACACAUACACAAGCAUAAAUGUUACCGGUUUUCGUUGAACUUCUGUCUUCAAUAGCCACACCCACACACCCACAAUCGAACGUUUCCGUUACUUUAUUCGUUCCUUUUUCCAUCUGUACCUUUAGUGUAUAAAUGACAAGAUAAUAGGUUUUAGAAAUCACGCGUGUGUAGAUUCACCGAAUUUUAUUUUUUUUUUGUUUCUUGUUUUCAUUUCCAUAGGACAAAUAAAAUGUAGUAAACAUGGAAACAAAAGCUGAACUUCUUACUUACAACCUUUUAUAUAGUAUUUAUUCUAGGAUGAACACAGAUAACUACAGUUACAAUUAACUGAGAUAAGUAAGUGAAUAAUAGAAUAUCGCAAAAGAACUUGUUGUUUAUACUUCGAUUUCAUAUAAAAAAAAAAAACAGAAGUAAUGUAAAACCAAAAAAGUAAAAUAAAUCAUAUGAAUAUGCACCAAACUUUUAACGAAGGAAAGUAAAUAAACAUUUGCAGUUAAACCCGCAUGUUAAAAAGAAAGUAAAACAAUGUUUAAAAGUACCACAAAAGAAAGAAAUAAGCAAAAUUCAUAAUUGAAAUGUACCGAGAUUUUAGUUGAAAUAAAGGACGGAUGAAAGCAUUCAGUUAUGGCGAAAGAAAACCAA